AUGUUCGACAAAUUAGAUAACGCAGUAGCCAAAAGUUUUAUCGGGAGAUAUUUUAAACUUGAGAACAGUGGCGUUCCUAAUGCUCGCAAUACUAAAUUCACCACCGAACUUCGUGCUGGAUUGGCGACUUUCGUUACUAUGGCCUAUAUUAUAUCAGUUAAUGCAUUAAUUCUUUCUGAUACAGGGGGUCCGUGUGUUUGCAAUUCUGGUACUGCAGAUUUAUGUGUCAAUGAUCCUGAUUAUAUAGCUUGUAAGACAAUAGUGCAGAGAGACUUAAUCACUGGGACAGCCGCCAUUUCAGGUAUAGCAACCGCCAUUAUGGGGAUCUUUUCAAAUUUACCGUUAGCUCUUGCUCCAGGGAUGGGCAUGAAUGCCUAUUUCACUUAUACAGUUGUCGGCUUCCAUGGUUCGGGUAAAAUUGCUUAUGAAACUGCUAUCGCUGCUGUAUUUGUAGAAGGUCUUCUUUUUGCCUUCCUUUCAAUAAUUGGUAUUCGUCAAUGGUUGGCAAAGCUUAUCCCCAUGUCUAUAAAAAUUGCAAUUGGUGCCGGGGUUGGUUUCUUUCUCACUUUCAUUGGGUUACAAAGAAGUGCUGGGAUUGCCUUAAUAAGUCAUGAUCCUACCACAAUAGUGACACUUGGUGGCUGUCCUGACCAAUAUUAUAAUCAAACAACUGGUAUAUGUACUAGCCAUCAUAUGGAAAGUCCAACUACUUGGUUAGGAAUUUUAGGUUUCUUGAUCAUGGUGAUCUUAUUACUUUUUAGAGUGAAGGGAAGUAUGUUUUUAGGAAUCAUUUUUAUCAGUAUCGUAAGCUGGUUUAGAAAUAGUGAAGUCACCUACUUUCCGUACACGGAUGAGGGUAACGCUCGAUUCGAUUUUUUUAAAAAUGUCGUUAGUUUCCAUGCUAUAGAAAAAACGCUAGGCGCGAUGCACUUCAACCUCGGAAGUUCUGACGUAUGGUUGGCCUUAAUAACAUUCCUAUAUCUUGAUAUACUGGACACGACAGGCACCCUUUAUUCAAUGGCAAAAUUUGGUGGUUUCUUAGACGAAGAUGGUGAUUUUGAAGGUUCUACUGCUGCAUUUAUAUGUGAUGCAAUAUCAAUUUCGAUCGGUUCUAUUUUUGGCACAUCUCCUGUUACUACAUUUAUUGAAUCAGGUUCAGGAAUUACUGAAGGUGGUCGAACUGGAAUUACAUCUCUUACUGUAUCAUUCUUCUUUUUUAUCUCGUUAUUCUUUGCUCCGAUUUUUGUUAGCAUACCACCAUGGGCUUCUGGUCCUGCAUUGGUAGUUAUUGGUUCUAUGAUGGCAAAGGGUAUUAAAGAUAUUAACUGGGAAUAUAUUGGUGAUGCUGUACCUAGUUUCUUAACCAUUGCAAUUAUGCCAUUAACAUACAAUGUUGCUUAUGGCCUGCUCGCUGGCAUAUUCUCAUAUAUAAUUAUAAAUACUUUUGUAUGGUUUAUAGAAAAGGCAUCAUUUGGACGUGUAUCACAUGAUAAGUCGAAGAAAGAGUCUUGGGGUGAUUUUAGGUUUGGACCAGGCGGAGAAGGAUUAUUGCCACCUUGGUUUGUGCCCGUUGUAUACAAGAUUCGUGGAAUAAAAAGAACUGAAAAAGUAAAAGAAUCUAUCGAAGUGAAA